GUUGGACUACGGGUACCUAGCUAUGUACAGGCGCAGGUGCAGAAGCUAAUACGGUGUUCAUGGCAGCAUGGGCCGAAGAUGGAGCCUUCCCUUUGCCAAAGAUGGAGGGCUUCAGAAAAGCAGGCGCAGCGCGCUACUGUGACAUGACACGAGACUUCGAUAUUUGUGGAGAUCAUUGAGGAACUUACUUAGUACUGACUAGAGUUCCUUCUGGUGGCAACGUCAUUGAGACUGUAUCAAAGGGUCUUACAAACAGUGUCAUCAAUCUUAUCCUGCGACGUCAGAGUGCAAAGCCUUGGCCCCUUUCUCCAAGCAAUAUUUAUACAUGCGGGGAGCUGCAGGAUCUUGGCGUCCGUUUUGCACGUCAAACUUGAUCACGCCACCACCCUGACUUCCUUCUAGUAGAGCCUGCGUUAAGCGCUUCAAGCAAAGAGCUUUGCUCAAAAGUUCGAGCAGAUUACCUGCGCAUAGGGGAAGUGACUCGGAAAGGCUACGCAAAGCGGCACUAUGGCAUGGGUGAAACCGAUUUUGAGUAGCCCUCGAAUCCAUGGCCUUAUUGCUUUGCUGGGGAUUGUGCUUCUUUGGCUGGCUGCCAGCUCAGACAUUCUACGGGAUGGCUUCUCCACAAGCAUGGCUGCCAGGCAGCUCGCUUCUGGAGACAGAUACAAACAGCUCCGCGGGGUGCCGGAACCCGCACGGAGGUCUGAUUCCACAGGGGUAGAUAGUAUCUCCAAAAAUAAGAGCUUACUGACGAGGAUAGCCGGUCCCCAGGCCUUGUUGCAGAAGGAAUCCAAAGACCACCCCAGCCAGGAAGCAGAUAAACGGUGUGCCAAGCUCAGAGACGAGGCCUCCUCUCGCAUUCAAAAGCUAGCGGCGCAAAUGCCGCCCCGGCAGCUGCUCCCCAGCCCGGCGGCGCCGUUUGCAUUUCUCCACAACCGCAAAUGCGGCGGGUCUUCUCUGCGCUCAGCCCUGUGGGGCGCUGCGUCGGCCCUAAACUUGACGGCCAUUGUGCCGUGCUUUCCGCCACUGCAUGAUUGCUACCGGUACAAUGUGGGGGGCAUAGACCAGUCGGUGCUGGACGCAUCCAGUGUUUUUGCGGGGCAUCUGAGCUGGGAUGCAAUUGAGGACCUGGGAGCUGAAAGAAACACAUCAUGCUUCACCAUGCUGCGCGACCCGGUAGACAUGUUCGCCUCCUACUUUUACCACCGCCACCCUCUGAGCUUCCGGGACAAGCGCGCCCUGUCCGACCUGACGUCCCAGGACCUGCGGCGGGCGCUCGACCUCAACGAUACGGACGCGCCUUGGGAGUGGUGGGAGCUCGGCGGGCCAGCAAACUCAGCAACGCGGUUGCUAAGCGGUGCCGACAUCAGCGGGCAUGUGAUCGGGCAUGACGCCGUCCAGUACGUGGCCCGGCGGAAGGGGAUCCCCCUCGACUUGGAGCUCGCCAAGCGGCGCCUCAGCCGCUGCGUCGUGGGGCUCCUGAGCGACAUGCCGGCGACGGACAAGGCGCUCGCGCACUGGUUCCCGUGGGUCCCGAACUUAGCAGGCGCGGCUCUCAACGUGAACGUACAGAGGCCGCGGAAAGAGAGCCUACAACCAGACGUGAGGGAUCUCAUUCUGGAGUACAUGUCGUUGGACGUCAAGCUGUACGAGUACGGACUGCGGCAGUUUGGGAAGCAGAAAGAGUUGAUAGGUAUGCUGGACCGCCAAACGAGACCAGAGGACGACUGUGCUUAACCCAUUACUUAUUACUUUCGGGUCUACACUAGACCUUGCGUCAAACCAUCUUCAAACUUCAAGAUGCGAUGAGCUUUGCUUCGAGCAGACUCCAACUUAGACCAUGCACCUUAGUGUUCGUCACACGGGAAAGGCUUGUACUCCGCUUGGUUGUAGAAAUGUAACUUAACUCCAAAUCCUUUCAAGCCACAAGUAGGUCAGCGUUGGCGACGGGUCCAAUAUAGGGUCGACAUUCCUACUCUCACUGUAGCAAUCCAGAGAUCCAGAAACGACGUUUAGAUAGGCGGCUAGCUACAGCGCUUCUCAUCCCAGUCCAUGCAAGCUUCAUGAGAGGAGUCAAACGGUUUAUGGUCGCAGCCAAAGAAGUGGGUGUUACGAUUGAGGACUAACGCAAUCAUAACCUCUGAGCAGUAUUACUUACACGCAAUUGGACAUUUGCGGUAACAACGGACCUUAGGUCUUGGACGUUCGUUCUUCUGACAGCUUACUCGGCUGAGCGUUCGGUGGGCCGCCACUGAUAUCCGGAGAAAUUGUAAGUGUUCAAAAUCUAGGACCGG